AUGGCUUCAAAUGUCAUCCUUUGCUGUGUUGCGACUCAGGCCCCGAGGGAGCAUCUAUCCAUCCUCCUUUCUGUCUUCCUCACGGCCUUAGAAGCUCGUAUCCGGCUGAACAAACCCUUUUCAUUUCCUGCGGGUGGCACGCCAAGAGAAUCGGAACCGAUCAUCGAACUCCAGGAAAUCAAAAAGGAUGACACUAUGCAACCUGAAUACAAUAGCCGCUACUUCAUGCUGACCGGAAAUCUGAAGGAAAAUAGAGCCUACAUUGAGAUGUAUCCAGGUGAGAGCUUUGUGGAGCUAAAACUUGAAGCAGUGGAACGAUGGAAAAUGAAAUAUGAGCUGUGGUGGAGUAUGGAUAACAUCACCGAUGAGAGAGUGAAAUGGAGAUGUAGCAGUUGUAAAUGCUCGUAUACUGUUAGAACAUUGAGGGAAGCGAAAGUGGAGUGUAAAUAG